AUUGUUGCAGUUAAAGUUAAAAGUCAAAAGAGCAACAAAGUUGUGCAAACUUAUGCAUUUCUUGAUCCAGGAAGUUCAGGUACGUUCUGUACAGAAACUCUGGCAAAAAGUCUGAACUUAAAGGGCAAAAGAACAAAUAUUAUGCUGAGAACAAUGAGUCAAAAUAAGAUUGUUAAUGUACAAAUUUUGUCUGGUUUGGAAAUCUCUGAAUUGGAAACAAAUGAUUUCAUAGAGCUACCAGAUGUUUUGACUCAAAGUACCAUGCCAGUUUCUACAUUGAAUAUUCCCCAGCAAAAGGACAUUGAUCAGUGGCCUCAUCUUAAACCUGUUAAGCUUCAUAGCAUCAAUGCAGAUGUGGAACUACUGAUAGGAACUGAUGCUUCAAAUGUUUUAGAGCCCUGGGAGGUGAUCAACAGUGUAGAUGGUGGGCCUUAUGCUGUAAAAACUAAAGUUGGCUGGGUCAUAAAUGGUCCCCUGCGCACUAGAAGCCACAGCAAAAAUAGAAAUGUUUGCACUGCUGUGACAGCCAACAGGAUCUCUGUUGAGCAUCUUGAAGAAAUGCUGAUCAAACAGUACAAUCAUGAUUUUAACGAAAGAUCAUCAGAGGAGAAAACUGAAAUGUCUAGAGAGGAUUUGCAUUUCAUGAACAUUGUCAAUAACUCUACAAAACUUAUUAAAGGUCAUUAUAAUAUUGACUUACCUUUCAGGAGUGAAAGCCCCUGCUUUCCAAAUAACAUCUGUGUUGCAGAGCAGCGCCUCCAGAGCCUCAGAAGGAGAUUUGAAAAGGAUGCUGAGUACAAGGAGGAAUACACUGCAUGUGUAAACAACAUGCUGCAGCAAGGACAUGCUGAGGCUGUACCAGCAGAGGACCUACAGAAAGAAGAAGAUGCAAUUCACAUGGUGAAGAGGCUGACGGACCUCUGCUCUAAGGGAGGAUUCGUGCUCUCAAAAUGGAUGAACUUCCGGUCGAGAGAGUACUGGGUUUACAGUGGAGCAUCGAAACAGAUGAGUUCAAGUUCAGAACCUCUGUGCAGGACCGCCCACAGACCAGAAGGGGCAUCUUGUCUGUGGUGUAACAGAGGAAAGUUUAUUGAACAAAAGAUGGCAGAUCUGCCAGAAGAAAGAGUCCUGCCAGCCACCGCUCCUUUUACAAAUGUUGGAGUGGAUUACUUUGGUCCUGUAAGUGUUAAAAGAGGACGAAGCCUCCUGAAAAGACUCUACAGCUCCAAGAGGAACAUGGAUGAUGGCCAAGGUCCUGAGCGUAAACCAGGAUGUAAAAGGCUUGGUGCGCUCUGUGCGAUUACAAACAAAGACCAGCGUUCUCGAAAGACCCGUGACCAAACUUGUUUUGCUACUGGAAGCAUCAACCUGAAGAAUUAA